AUGCAAGAGUUCUUUUUCAUCUUCUCCGGUGGAGAUGAAGGACGACAGAUAUUUCCAAAUCUGUUUCGGUGGUCGUUCGACGACUUCGAAGAAGGAAGUAAGAAUGGGAAGACGAAGAUUUGCAGAGUCAUUUGGGAGCUAGGGUUUUCAAAACGUAAACCACCUCAGAUCUGGAAAAACAAAUACGAAAAAAUGUAUGAAUUGGUACAUCAUCGGCCCACACGCGUCCGGGAAACGCAAACCCGCCGAGGAUUUGAAAUCUUGUGGUUAAAGUCUUGGUAA